AUGAAACUGGCUGCGGUUUGUAGAUUGAUCAGUUCCCAUCAUAAUCUUCGUAGAAUAACAAGGCCUUUGCAAUAUCGUUCAUUUCAACCUGAUUUUGUUCCAAGGGAUCCCAAUGCCAAGCUCAAGAAAUACAAGUUCCCUGCUUUCUAUGAUCCAUAUGGGCUGAGACCUCCACCAUCUGAAAAGAUUAUUCAGCUUGCAGAACAAAUUGCAUCCCUUACACCCGAAGAGCGUAGUCGAAUUGGUCCAGCCAUUAGAGACAGAGUAAUGCUUCCCAAGCUGCAGCCCAUUUCAGUACAAGGCAUGGACUUAGUGUUCUCACCUGCUCACCCUCACAGUGAAGAAAGGGAAAUCAGAGAUGAAUUGAAUUUCUCUCAAGACAACUACUAG